AUGGCGGCGGUCGACGUGGUCGACGUGCGGACCGACAUGCGGCUGCAGCGGUUCGACGGCACGGAUCAGAAGUGGGGGGGCUGGAGUCUCCGAUUCGAGGCCUGCACGGCGCAUCUCGGCUUCGAGGAAUUCAUGACAGCGGCGGGGCAGAGGCAGGACCCGCUGCUAAACGACCAGCUCGACGAGCGCGCCAGGCAGGCAAGCCAGCGCCUGUGGCACCCGCUGAUCACUUACUGUGAGGGCAAGGCGAUGGGAGUGGUCAAGCGAUCGCGCCAGAACGGCCUCGAGGCGUGGCGCCAGCUCAAGAACGCAGUCUCGGACAACGUGAGGGUGAGCGUGCUGCUUGAGCACGCACCAGAUCCGCAUCGUGAGGUGCUGCGGCAGGCCCCAGAGGAGGUGAAGCUCACGUUCAGCGCAGCUCGCAGCCACAUCAGGGGCUACUACAACCAGGGAAGGACCUUCACCCACGUGCCAGACGCGGGGGGAGUCGUGCCGAUGCAGGUGGAUGCAGUUCGGGCUCAGCCUCCCAACGGGAAGGCCAGCGGCAAGCGCAAGACAGGCAAGGCGGACAAGUCAGGCGGGAAGUCGGGCAAGCUUCAGAAGGGUAAGGACCCGAAGACCAAUUCCAAGGCUCGCAACGGCGGCAAGCACGGCAAGGGCCAGACGGAGUACUUUGACGGCGAGUGCGGCUACUGCGGCAAGUGGGGCCACAAGCGGGCCGACUGCAGGAAGAAGAAGGCCGAUGACGCGAAGAAAGAGGCAGGUCACACCCGAGCGGUUCAAGGCGACGCACCCUCGUCAUCGGGCCAGCAGCCAGCGGAUGGCACGGCGAGGGCGGCGUCGGGCUACUACGACGGCACCCCCGACGGCUGGGUGUUCGCGGUCACGGCGGGGACGGACGGCAAGGUGGCGAAGGUCGGCGGCUCCAUCCUGAUCGACAGCGGCAACGACGACCAUCUCUGCAGGCACAGAUUCGUCCCAGAGGCCCCCGUCAGCAGCGCAGUGGACGCGCCGAGGCUCUUUGACGUGCAGCAGCGGCCGCUACCGACGGCAGGCCUGAGGGGAGUUGAGAUGGCCAUGAAGGAAGGCACCAAGGCGACGGCGGACUUCCUAGUUGCUGACGUGAACGAUGACCUGCUGAGCAUGGGGAAGCUGCUCGGGCAGGGCUUCAAGUUCAACCUCAGCCUGGUGGACGGGCUCUACAUGACAAAGGGCCAUCGCAGCGUGCAGCUCGAGCUGGAGAGGAACAGCCUCAGGCCCCCCAUUGUCCCGGCGGGCCCCGCAGCCGAGGCGCGCCACUGCCGCGGCGCGGCGGAGCGGCAGGACGCGGCGACGGCUCCUGUGCUCAACGCGGACAGCUCGGUCGGCGCGACGAGGGCCAGGCUGAGGGAGCUGUUCAUGCCCAUCUACGGCACCAGGGCGGAGCUCUGGGACAGGCUCAUCGUGCCGGAUGCAGCGGUUAAGCGAUCGGAACCUGAGAGGGCGCACAAGCAGGGCUCCGAGCGGACGGCGCCGCUCAUCAGCUACGACUUCGGUUUCUGCAAGACGGCUGAUGAGGGCGGGGACUUGACGAAGGUUGAGGACACCUGCGCGACGAUGUUCGCGGGGUUCAGCUCGGACGCGGAAGUGGCGAAGGUUCUUCCAUGCCCGUCGAAGUCGGCGUCGCCAUAUGAGAUUGCAGGCAUCAAAUCAUUCGCGCAGCGGCUCGAGACGGGCAAAUGCAGGCCCAGGACCGACUCCGAGCCUGCGACGAAGGCAAUCCUGGACGGAGUGGCCCCGCGCGAGAUAGCGACAGGCGCGCCCUACAAAGGCGACAUCUGCCACUUCGGCGAGACGGUGCUGCAUCGCAGACAGACCGACAAGGACCUCCUGCUGUCGGUGACGGGCCUCCCCUGGGCGACGAGGACGGCGCCCGAGAGGUCGAGGCGGCGACGGGCAGCCCCGCACGUGGCGACGGAGAUCCUGAGGGCGGACGAGCAGCAGCAGCAGCAGGCACCGCGGCAGGCAGGGCCACCUGAGGGCGGAGCGGGCCCUGCUCAGCCCCAGGCCUCGCCGCAGGCACCUCCAGCGGCGGCGGCGGGCCCGCCGCAGCCACAGCCGCAGCCCCAGCAGCCGGCGCCGCCAGCGCCAGGAGACGCGGCCAUGGGGGCGCCGCCCUCGCAGGCAGCGAGGCGCGGGCUGCCGCCUGAGACGGAGGCUUCAGAGAGCAAGCGAGCGCGGGUUGCAGCGGUCAACGAGCUGGGCGUCGGCAACGUAGACGACUCGCCCGACGCGUUCUGGGAGGAGAUCUCGGAUGAGGUUGAGGACCCGACCGAUGGCAUGUUCGAAGUGGACGCGCAGGACGAGAUGGACAAGAAGCUCACGCUGGAGCACCUGCAGAGCCUCCUGGACCACGGCGUCGGCGAGGACACCCCCAAGCCAGAGGCAAGGGAAAUGAAGCACAUCACCACGCGCUGGGAGAAGCAGUGGAGGUGGAAGCCAGCGCGACAGGAGUGGCAGCGCAGGGUGCGGUUCGUCUGCCGUGAGUUCCGAUGGCAGGAGUGGCGCGACGACCUGUUCACGCCAGGAUCGGCUCCGAUCUCCAAUAGGCUCAUCGACUUCGUGGCUCUCAAGCGCGGCUUCGAGGUGAUGACGCUGGACGCCACGGACGCCUUCUACCAGGCGCCCGAGCACGAGGACGCGGUGGUGGACCCACCGCAGGAGUACCUGGACAUGCUGCAGGCAGAGUGCAGGAGCACGGACAUCUACUGGAGGCUGAAGAAGCAGCUGCCUGGCAGGCGCAAGGCGGCGCCAGGCUGGGUGGAGCACAUGGCGGGCAUCCUCGCGGACGAGAUGCCCAUGGCGAGGUGCGAGGUGGCCCCGCAAUUCUUCUACAACUCGGAAACUGAGGUGGUGGUCGAGCUCCACAUGGACGACCUGCGCAUGGCAGGACCAAGGGGCGCGCUGGAGGGCUUCCGCGACGAGCUGGGGCAGCACGUGACCUUCAGCGGCGGCGAGAUCCACGAGUACGGCACCACCUACGAGCACCUGAAGGGCGAACCCGAAACCCUCGGCCUCGGGAACUCGAACACGGCGCCCACGCCAGGGGUGCCAGCUCACAAGGCGCUCAUGGGGGGCACCUCUGCCCUGUCCCCCGUCCAGGCUGGCAUCUACCGAUCCUGCGUGGGGGCGCUGAUGUACUACGCCCAGGACAGGGCGGGCUGCCAGUACGAGGUGAGCUUGCUCGGACGGAUGCUGUCGGGCCCCACCGUCGGCGCUUUCACCGCACUCAAGAGGCUGGUCAGGUACCUGCUGGGCACGAGGGACGCGGUGAACUGGCUGCCGUGGCCGACGGAGGGCGCGAACGUGGAGCUGGUGGGCUGCGGCGACAGUGACUGGGCAGGCGACCUGCAGACGAGGAGGUCGCAGACGAGCGGCAAGAUCGAGAUUGACAACGUCCCCAUGCACUCCUUCAGCAGGCGCCAGGGGAUCGUGGCGACCAGCUCGGGAGUGGCAGAGUACUACGCGGGGGCGGCGGUCGCCGAGGACCUCCUGUACUUCAAGUCGCUCCUGGAGUUCAUGGGCUUCACGGUGGUGGCUACUCUUCUGACGGACUCGUCGGCGGCCCGAGGGAUUGCCAAACGCGAGAGAGUUGGCAAGGUCAGGAGCCUGGAGGCGCGCGUGCUCUGGCUCCAGCAGGCGAUCAAGAGGAAGCUGAUGGACCUCGGGACUGCUGGUACAGACGACAACAAGGCGGACUUAGGCACGAAGAUCCUCGGGCACGAGCGCUUCGUUAAGCUCAGGACGAUGAACGGCAUCUACACGGACAUGGGCCAGGUCGCAGAAAGCGACCACCAGUCGGAGGAGGUGGACUUCGACGUGGGGGCGGCAACUCGGGUUCGGCGCGCCAGAGGCGCGGCCACUUCACCCGGUGUGAGCCGCUCGGCGGCCCUGGCGAUGAUCACGGCGGCGGUGACGCUCUUGCAGGGCUGUGAGGGACCCGCCACCGAGUACGACGGCUACUACGACACGGAGGUUUGCUCCAAGGACGGCGUGGUCGCGAGCGACUGGACGAGCUACUGGCUGGUGGUGGUCGUCUGGACGCUGGUCGCGGCCACCGUCUGCAGCUACGCGGGGUUCCGCUACGCCAACUGGGGGGAGUCAGAGUGGCUCCUUGUCUCGCCCGAGCCCGAUGACGUGAAGGACAAGAAGAUCGACGCAGGCAUCAGCUGUGUGUCAGCCCCGUCGAUGGUGGAGCAGAGCAACCAGACGAGGAGGACGGUGGGCACACAGUCACAGACAACAUACAAGUGGAGGUAG